CAGACUGUCUCCUUCACAUAAGGGUUUGCUCCUCGAGGAAACAGCCACUGAACGCUGACUUUUAGUGCGCGCUAAAUUCAAAGUUCAGGCUCUACUUUAAACUAAGGUCCAAACAAGUAGAGCUUCCCCCAUGAUUUUAGAUAGCUAGGAUUAUGUAAUUUACUUUCAAAGAUUUUUCGAGUCUUAAAAAGUUACAAACAGUUAACUUUUUGACGCUCAGCUGUACGUCAGCGAGCCAAAUAGUUUGGGACUUUCCACAAGCGAUGUUUACGCACAGGGGAAGUGUCCCGGGUUUAUUUAUGAGCCGACCAAUGACUGAAAGCACAGCCAUGAUCACAUGGAAGUGACCGUAUGUAUCCACGUGGAUCAGUGACUGUUGGAAGGACUGCUUGAUGAGAUGACAUUUCCAAUGGGUGGAACAGGGCGUCUGUGGUUACUUGCGAGUUUAUGCCAGGUGGUCCUGCUGACCUGUGAACAGCAUUUAAACCCUGUUGAGGUUGAAGUUGUAUUCCAGUCCUUCCCUUCCACUAAAGAUUCGGACACCUACACAGUCACCUGCAGGACUGCAAGUAACCAGCUGGUGUAUGUGGAGCCAUUUAAUCAUUCAGCAUGCUCCCAUGACUGCAAAAUGUCACUGCGAUUGGUUGAGGACCCGGGAGGAUAUAUCAUCACCCUGAGAGCCAGCAGAAAUGAUGCUACUCUCGAGGCAAAGACUUUUCACUUCAUUCCAGUCUCCCCGUCCUCUCUUCAUGUAUACAGCACGACGACUACUGCUCUCCUGACUUGGAGACUUCACAGACAACAAAGCUUAUCCACCUUGAGUCUAUACAACACUCAAACAAAAUCUGUCACACACAUCUUCAACGUAAACUCGUCAGAGGCAAACUCUUGCUACACAGUGAAAGGUCUCCAGCCUGGCACACGCUUCAAGGCCAAAGUUGUGGUGACUACGUUCCUUAAACACCUUAAUAUGACUUUAAAGCAGAGUCUCAGCAGUGGCAUGGAAACAGCUCAGUGCCCCCCUGACUGGUUGGCCGAUGGGAGAAGCUGCUACACUGUGAGAAGGACGGGUUUGACCUGGAGCGAUGCCCAGCACCGCUGCAGAGGCUUGGCAGCUGGAAGUCACCUGGCCGACCUGAAGACCCUAGAAGAUCUGCUUUUUAUUUCUUCUCACCUGCGGAGCCACAACAAACUGCUGCUGCUAUGGACUGGACUCAAUGACCUGCAGGAGGAGGGAAAACCUCUCUGGUCUGAUGGCUCAGUGUAUAACCUGACGAACACUAUGAUGUCAUUACUGCCAGCCAAUCAGACAGACUGUUUUGCCCUUCAGAAGAAUGCCACAGGGCCAGGAUACUUUCUCACUCCAUUCUUCUGUAACAUCCCCUUACCCUUCAUCUGCCAUUGCCAGACGCCUCAAGCCCCUGCCUCAUUCUCCUUUGACCUGGUUCAGGUGACAGAGCAACACGUAGAGCUUCAUUGGAGUGACCUCUCACCCUUGAACUUUCUUAAUCUUUCAACUUUUGAGAUAUUCCUCCAGUACCAGGAGGAGACAAAUGGAGAGUCAGGUCAGGGUGAAGAAGAUAGAAGCAGAAAGUCAGAGGACAAAAAGAGGACACAGAGCAGUAUUCAAAAAAUUGUCAGGGUUCCCAUUUCCCUCUCCUCCAGAGGGGUAACUGUGGCAGGUCUGUCUCCGGGGAGCAUCUACACUUUCACCCUACGAGCCUCUCAUCCUGCUGGCUCCGCCUUGAGCUUGGGACAAACACGGACAGCGUACACUAGACCUCCUCCUCCUCAAAAUAUCACUGUUGGCUCUGUUAGCGUCAGUCAGAUUAGUGUCCACUGGAUGAUGAUGGAUGCACAGGUCAGGGUUGGAUGUACAUUUGUUGUGCGCUAUGUGGACAUGUCUUCAAGACAAGAGAGAAUAGUUGGAAUGACCAAUAUCUCUAGGUUAUCUGAGACUGGUGGGCUGCAGUCAUACACCGCUGUGAUUGGAGGGCUGGAGUCUUACAGGAAAUACAGGGUUGAAGUUUACACAGUCACCCAGCAUGGGAUAGAGAGCUGUGGACAGGCACCUGUGACUGUAUCGACGGCGGUGAGGGCCCCUCGUGGUCUGGAGGUGUUGAGCACGACAGGAAAUCUGACAGUCUGCUGGACCAGUUCACCUGAUGACCCACCAGAUGGUUAUUAUAUCACAUCCCACCCACUCAUCAACCCCACUCCAACCUCACUGUGGAUAAACCAGUCAAGUCCUGGUGCACACUGGGUAAAUGAGUCUGUGUGUGUUAAUUUGGGCACAUUUACUCCAGGUCAGACAUAUGAAAUUGGAGUGGUCUCUCUAAGGGGAAAAGACAGGAGCAAGAUGACCAGUGUUAUACACACCACAGAUCCAAUGCCAGUUCAGGUAGCAGUCUCUCUUUCAGUGGGCACGAACUCUGCACAACUGUACAUCCAGCAUCCACAGCUGGGUCUGAUUGAUGGGGUGAAAGUGUGUGUUUGUCCAGGAAUGUGUGACAGUUUGUGUGUGGGAUUGUGUGGGAACACAUGUGACUGGUACUCCCUCCCUGCUGGUGUUCAUAUCAUAACCCUUAGCAACCUCAGUCCUGGAUCAGAGCACCAGCUCAGAGUGUACAGCACAAGCCGAGAGAAGAUAGGACCACCUUACUACACUCGCCCCGUAAGAACAAGCCUGGCUCCUCCUAUUAGAGUGAGGGAAGGUGUGGUGACAGAUUCAUCUAUAGAGCUGCUUUGGGAUCCAGCACAAGGACAGGCUCUCAGCUACGAGGUCAUCUGCCUGAACUGUGACCAUUCACACAUGGUGCAGAAGGUGUUCAGUCAGAGUGCAACGUUUUCUAGUCUGACUCCAUGCAGAUUCUACCACUUUGCAGUACGAACAGAGAAGGAGUCCUUCACAGACAGUUCCCCUGUCACCAUCAACAUCACUUCAGCUCCCAGCGCAGUGGAGGUGUCUCUUGUCAAUAAAACCACAUCAUCCAUACACAUUUGUUGGAGUAUGCUCAGGGGAGUUAUGAGUGGACUCAUCCUGUCAAUCAAAAACAGAACAUGCAGCCAAGAGCUGAUCAUUUCUCCUCAAGAGGCCAGAUCUUACAGCUUUGAAGGCCUUGCUUAUGGAAGCCAAUAUACAAUUGAAGUGAUUAGCAUCUGCGGGGAAAGAAGGAGUAAACCGGCUGCUAUGAUUCUCCAUACUCUCCCAGAGGUGCCACGAGAAGUGGCUCUUUCAGAGCAAGUAGUGACGUCUGUGUUUGUCACCUGGAGCUCACCACCAGGACAGGUGGAGGGGUACAAGCUUGUUUUUGGCCUGCGGUCUGUGGACAGGAAAUCAUGGAUUGAGGUGCUUAUUCGAGGGACACGUUAUGAGAUCAGGGAUUUGAUCCCGGGGUCAGACUACGGUGUCAGCAUUCAGAGUGUGCUGGGCUCAGACACCAGUCAGGCAGUCCACAGAGAGUUCAGCACACGCCCAGCAGGAUUAUGCGCCCUUCAUUUAGACAACAUGAACUCUUCUUCUGUCUCUGUGAGCUGGGACAGUGCGUUUGGAGAAUUUGACUUUCACAAAGUCACUGUGGCCAACACCUCAGUCACAAAAACACUCACCGUAGCCAAGGAGGAGCGGGUUGCCGUGGUUACAGGGCUGGUGGAUGGCUGCAGCUACAACGUGAGCGCUGCGAGAGUGAGAGGAGUGACAGCAGGGAGCGCUGCCUUUCUGACUGUGACUACAGUGCCAGCCCGUGUGCACGGAGUGCGUGUCGUGAAUGUGUCUGCACGCGCAUUCUCGCUACUUUGGGAGCAGGCGGCGGGGUGUGUGGAUUAUUACCAAGUCAACCUGCUACCAAACCAGGGAAAAGUCACAGUGCACCCUGCACGUGACGGACACAUUCAGGCCGAUGUGGUGAAUGUCAGUCCGAGGACACAAUACAGUGUAACGGUCACAGCAGCCUCCUCCUCCAACAUCAGCCCUGGAGUCAGCCGCAUGAUCAAUACUAAUGAGAGUGUUCCUGGCCCACCUUUAAACCUAGAAGGAGAGGCUGUGGGCUCUAAUGGUAUUCUUCUCUCCUGGACCAUGCCACAUUAUACCAGCAAUAUUGAUGGAUACGUCAUAAGGUACAAGGAGGUGUGUCCCUACCCCGACCCCACCUUUACACAGGUGACCAAGUACCUGGACGUACCAGAGACCCUGCUCACUGAAUUCACCUCAGGUUCUACAUACCACAUUCAGGUAUCAGCCAUAUCUCCAGCUGGAAUAGGAGCCUUCAGCAAAUCUUUAUACAUAAAGACCUCUGAGUCCCCCCCUGGCCUGGUGACCAACUUGACAGCGUUUGCCCAGAACCACACCUUCGUCAUGGUUACCUGGUUCCUGCCGCACCGCAUCAACGGCCUCAUCACAAAAUUCGCUGUCAAGGCUAAACAUGCUCGGACUGGACAGACGGUCCGCAUGCUGGAGGUCAAUGCAGAGGACAUCAUGACCGGCGCGUUGCCUCACUGCAAUGAUGCAGCCGAUAUCCUGUCCCGUGCGACUCUCAGUCCUUUGGGGAUAACAGCAUCGUCUUCACCCAUCACCCUUUCCGCCGUGCCCCCUGCUGCCUCCUGGAGUGUGCCCAUAUCAGUGGGAGUUGAUCAGCUACGACCUUACACUGCAUAUCUAUUCGAAGUGUCUGCCUUCACUUCGGAUGGAGAGGGGCAGAUAGCCUCCACUAUGGUCCGCAUGCCAGAAUCAGCCCCAGAAGACCCGCCACAGAACCUCUUUAUAUUGAAUAUGACGUCUAGAUCAAUCUCCAUAUCCUGGAGCUCUCCCACAAUUAUCACAGGAAAAUUCACCUAUGUACUCUACCUUUAUGGACCUACAGGAUAUUUGUUUGAGAACAGCACAGGAGACACACGGUUUGCUCUGAGUGGUUUGACCCCCUACACAAGGUACACAGUGUUACUCCGAGCCAAAGCUGCUGGAGAAGUGGGUCCAGCAGCGCAGGAUGUUAUAAUUACACCUGCUGAAGCACCCAGUGCAGUGCAGGAUUUGAUGGCAGAAGCUGAGGAUUCAGUUUCAAUCCGUGUGAGUUGGAGAAUGCCUGCCCAGCCCAACGGUCCAAUCACCCAGUACAAACUGCAGGUUCUGGUUGCCGAAAUUCUACUGCAGGACAUCACCCUCACUACAGAAAUGAAUACAACUGGUUUGCACGAAAAUAAGACACUUCCCCCUGAUGUCCGUAACAAUCCAGGGCGGCGUAAGAGAACUGCUGAGCUCAGUCUGAUUACUUCACCACCGACUUUCACGGCCACUAUUUCUGAUCGCACACUGCCCACUGGUGCGACUGCUUCCAGCCUCACACACUCUGGACAAAGAAGCGCUAACCCCAUUACUAACACCGAUGCUCAAUCGACUGCUCACUCCGUGGUCACUGAGAAGUCCAGCACCAGCUACGUUUCUGCUUUAUACAGCACAAGUAUUCAAUCUUCUGAUUCUGCAGUCUCUGGGACCUCUGCACUUUCUCUUACCUCUGUACCACCUGCUACGCUUCCACCCUGGCUGACAAGGCAAUCACAUGCUGGGGAUAUGACCUCAGAUUCCUCCCCCUUGGCCCUGACCCCAGGCCAGCUCCGCUUGUCUACACAUGAUGCAUCAGUUACAGGACACUUUUUAACACGCAGUGCAGCAGCUACUGGUACUACAGGUGUAACAGUGAGAGAGGAGGUGAUGGACGUUUUGUCUGAGGAGUUGUCUUACCUGGUGUCAGAUCUGAAUCCCUUCACCGAGUACACGUUCAGGGUCACUGCUUCCACAACAGUGGGAGAGGGUCCUGCAAUAAAUAUCACUGAGAAGACCAGGGAGCAGGUCCCUAGCUCAGUACUUGAAGUGUCCUAUAAAAACAUCAGCUCCACCUCCAUACUAGUGAGCUGGAUCCCACCACUCAACCCCAAUGGGCGGAUCACACAUUACACUGUCUAUGGCCUCAAACUGCACAGUAAUCAAGCCCUGAAGUGGGUUACUAACGCUACCAGCAUAUUGAUAACAGAUUUGGACAAGUACACUGGUUAUAAGCUACGUGUAGCUGCAUCUACAGCUGUGGGAGAGAGCUCUCUGUCUGAGGAAGAUGACAUCUUUGUUGUCACCUUAGAAGACGAGCCCGACUCCCCCCCUGUGAACCUCACUGUGGUUGACACCAGCCCCUCCACUACCACAUUGGCCUGGUCUGCACCAGAACAGGCCAACGGGAUGAUCCAACACUAUGAGGUCCUGUAUGAGAACGAGUCCUUCUCUGCGUUGAUGAACACUUCCUCUAACACAAUCACUCUGAUGAACCUGAAGCCAUUCUCCUACUACACCGUGUCUGUUAGGGCAUACACGCGUUAUGGUCAUGGCAACCAAACGUCAGAUGCUUUAUACCUGCUGUCCGGAGAGGACGUCCCAGGCAGUCCUCCGUAUGGCAUUACGUAUGAAUCAGUCAGUCCCAGCGAGGUGAACGUCACCUGGCAGCCUCCUCUGCUGCCUAAUGGGGUCAUCACCCACUACAGCCUGGAGUUGUGGAAUUCCAGUCAUUACCUGAACCUCACCUCCUCAACCAACAACAUCCACAUCACGCAUCUGAGGAAGUAUGCACGCUACCGCGUCAUGGUGCAAGCACACACACGCGCCGGGCCCGGGAACUACAGCAGCGAGCCGCUCAACAUCACCACACUGGAGGAUGUGCCAAGUGACUCAGUCCAAAACCUGACGGCUCAGAUCUUCAGUUCCACAGCCAUCAUUGUCAGCUGGGACCCUCCAAUGGAGCCAAACGGCCGUCCCACCUACCUGCUCACCUUACAGGAGGCCGGCACCCCCCCUGACGUAUCCAACCAAGGGGCUCCAGCUGUCAACAAGACCAUCAGUCGUAACACAACUGACAAUGUCUUCCUAUUCACUAGACUCAAGAAGUAUUUCCCUUAUGUGUUGACUGUUACCCCGGCAACUGGUGCUGGCGCAGCCUACAACCAUACCAGCACAAUGUAUCUGAGAACGGAUGAUGAUAUUCCUAGUUCUGCUCCAUUGCUGGUGUCUACCCGGAAUCUGUCGUCCUCCUCUAUCGCAAUAGCCUGGCAGCGCCCUCUGGAGGCCAACGGGGAGAUAACAGAGUAUACUCUGACUGUGUUUGGCCCAGGGGGCUCUAGCACAUCUCAUACCCCCAACACCUCAUUCACCCUCACCAACCUACUUCCAUACACAGCUUACAACCUCACUGUUACGGCUGCAACGCGUAAAGGCUCAGGGCCUUAUCUGCUGCUGCAGCUGCACACUGAUGAAGGAGGCCCCAUGUCCCCUCCCCGUAACCUGACUAUAUAUAACCACACAGCAGUCUCGGUGCUUCUAAGCUGGGAGCCUCCUCUGGAGCCCAAUGGAGUGGUGAUACAGUACGGCUUCAGGAUCCGAGACCUCAUCACACACACCGUCACACACAGGAAUUCCUCUGGUCCGUCGACCACAGAGUAUCUAUCGGGCUUCAGGCCUCAUAGCUCUUAUGAGAUUAGUGUUUACACUUACACCAGAGUGGGCCAUGGGAAUCAGUUCAGCAGCCCUGUGACCUUCACGACUAACGAGUCAGUGGCUGAUGCUGUUGGGAACCUGUCUUGCUCAGGAGUGAGCUGGGAUUCACUUCAGUUGUUUUGGGAACUGCCAGCCAACCCCAAUGGACAGAUACUUUUUUAUGAGAUUCUAGUGAAGGUAGACUCGCAGUCCUACACACACCAGGCUCACACACCAGAGUACACAGUGACUGGGCUGUCUCCAGACCAGGAGUACACACUCACUGUGGCCGCAGUCAACUCUGCAGGAUCCGGAGAUAGCCUGAAUUGUACUGCUUCCACUCUUUCUGAAUCAGCCCCAGCUGCCCCACGCUUCCUUACCAUCUCUCAGGUCACACCUAACAAUGUGACACUACAGUGGGCUCCACCGCUUUCCAUUCCAGGCCUGCUGAAAGAGUACCACGUCAUUGCACAGCUGCUUUCAGCUGUUUGUGAACCAAACACACUAACUACUGCACAGCCGCCCCCAGAGGAUGAACUGACCUCAGACUGCGUGGACUCUAAUGUCACAGUGUCAGUGAAUGCUUCGUACGGCAUUGAAGAGAACCACAGUGUCACACUCCAAUCCCUGGCUAAGUACAGAUACUACCGCUUCAAAGUGGCUGCUGUGACCAACGCUGGAGUUGGAGAAUAUACACACUGGAAUUACGCACGGACCCUGGCUGGAAACCCUGAUGACCCUCCCCGUGACCUGAAAGUUACCCCCACCUCCAAAGGCCUUCACAUUGCAUGGGCCGCUCCAGCUGUUCUCUCUGGACCGACGUCGUAUCUUGUGCAGGUGGAUGGUCCUGGUUUGAACAUAUCAACAGUCCGAGCUCCAGGAGAGUUGACGACCGUCGUCGUGACUAACUUGACUGCUUUCACUCGGUACUUGGUGACCAUCACUGCCUUCAUUGGUCCGUUGAAGCACGCUGCCAGCCAGGGGAAAGCCAUCGGGCCUAUUGAAUUUCAAACGCUGGAGGAGGAGCCCAAAGACCCUCCCAAGAACGUGGUUGUAUCAGUUAUCCCAGGGGAAGUGAACCGUGUGAAGGUGACUUUUACCCCUCCAGAGGAGCCCAAUGGAAACAUUACUGCAUACUUUGUAUACGUCUAUGAAAAGGAACAACUGAUCAAGAACAUCAGCCUUAAUAUUACCCAAAGAGACCAAGACAUGCUGACUGCUGUCAUAGAGGACCUAAAAGGAGGACAUAGCUACAGCAUACAGAUUUCAGCAAAGAACGGGGCUGGUAGGAGCCCACCCAGCCCGCAUGUCCAGAUAACUACAGAGAUCAAAGCCCCAGCCAAGCCAACCCAAAGACCCCAGGCAGUGCUGGGCCAUGGAGGGGUUGCCAUGGUAACCCACAGGAGUAUCACCAUCCACAUGCCUGCUUGUUUCUAUAGUGACGACAAUGGACCAAUCACAAAAAUUCAGGUCAUCGUGGCCGAGUCAGGGGUAAAGGACAUGCAGAACCUGACCAACUGGAAGAAUGCAUAUUUUGAUCGUCCUGCCCCUUACCUGACAGACAAGGGGUUCCCCAACCCAUCAUGUGAUUUGUCUAGAGGCGUCCGGUCCUUGGUGAGGAAAAAUCACACUACGUAUGUGAUCGGAGAGAACGAUGACUGUGUAAAGGAGAACAACACUGAUAAUUUCUGCAAUGGACCUCUGAAGCCAAAAACGGUCUAUGUGUUUAGGUUCAGAGCCACUAACAUCAAUGGCCAGUACACAGACUCUGAGUACUCAGAGCAUGUCAGAACUGCAGUGGACGGGCUGUUGACCAGAGAUGAGCAGAUCAUUCUGGGUGUUCUGCUCUCCUUCUUCUUGGCUGUGUUGCUCAUCAUCAUCAUCUGUGGCUCCGUCAAGAUCCAUCAGCGCAAAAAGGAGGGCGGGACUUAUUCACCCAGAGAGGCAGAGAUCAUAGAGACCAAGUGUAAACUGGAUCAACUGAUCGCUGUGGCAGAUCUGGAGCUGAAACAAGAGAAACUCAACCGGUAUUCUUCCUUCUUCUUUAGGCGGAAAGAGAUUUAUGUGAUCCAGCUUCUCAGCUACAGGAAAUCACUCAAGCCUGUCAACAAAAAGUCUUUUCUGCAGCACGUAGAGGAUCUGUGUGCCAAUGACAAUUCCAAGUUCCAAGAGGAGUUUGCUGAGCUUCCAAAACUGCUGCAGGACCUGGCCACCACAGACGCUGACCUGCCCUGGAACAAAUCCAAAAACCGUUUCCCUAACAUCAAACCUUACAACAACAACCGAGUGAAACUGCUGUCAGAACCGGGCACUGCGGGCUCUGACUACAUCAACGCCAGCUUUGUCUCAGGCUACCUUUGUCCCAAUGAGUUCAUAGCCACCCAGGGUCCUCUGCCUGGCACAGUGGCUGACUUUUGGAGGAUGAUCUGGGAAACGGGAACGCACACCAUUGCCAUGCUCACGCAGUGUUACGAGAAAGGCAGAAUUCGGUGUCACAAGUACUGGCCAGAGGACAAUAAGCCAAUGUCAGUGUUUAGCGACAUUCUCAUCUCAAAAGUGUCAGAGGAAGUCCUUCCUGACUGGACUGUCCGAACUCUUAAAGUAGAAAAGCACGGGCACUAUAUUCUGGUUCGCCACUUCAACUACACAUCGUGGCCUGAGCACGGAGUCCCAGAGUCCUGCAGCACUCUCAUUAAGUUUGUCAAAGCUGUCCGAGCCCACAGGCACGACAACACCACUAUAGUGGUCCACUGCAGUGCUGGUGUGGGCAGAACAGGUGUGUUUAUUGCUCUCGACCACCUCAUUCAGCACGUCAGAGAUCAUGACUUUGUGGAUAUUUAUGGUCUGGUGGCUGAACUGCGCAGCGAAAGGAUGUGUAUGGUACAGAAUCUGGCCCAGUAUAUCUUCCUGCACCAAAGUACGCUGGAACUUCUAAACAACAAAGGCAACAGCCAGUCAAUCUGGUUUGUUAGCUAUUCUGCUCUGGAGAAGAUGGACUCCCUGGAAGCCAUGGAAGGUGAUGUUGAGCUGGAAUGGGAAGAAACCACUAUGUAAAGACUGACUGAGGAACACUUUUGCCUGGUGGUGAGGGACACUUGUUGGGAGGCGACCUGUGCACAGACUCUGGAUUGAACUGCCUCCACCACACAAGGUUAGAGGGAGAAGCAGAAGAAACAGGCAGCGAACAGCACAGUUUGAACUGAACGAUCUGUCAGUUGACUAAGACUUUGUUGCUCCGUUUCAACCCACUUCUCAGCACAGUCAUCCCUUUAAUGAACCUCUUGUCCACUUGUUUUCAAAGAGAGUGAGAGAAACAAAAGGGAGACAGGGAGAAAGAAUUUCAGAAACAACAGGAAGAAAAGAGCGAGGCGAUGAGCUGACUGUGAGAGCUCUAUACUAUCUGUAAGCCUACAGGUACUUUGCACAAAUGGAUGUCACUGUGUAUUGUAUUCAUUGUAUUACGUUGAUAUCAUUUAUGUUUUUGUAAGAUAAUUUAUUCGGCCAAAAUGUUGUUGUUUUUUUCACUCUCUUUGUAAUUCUGACUAUGUCGAAGUGUUCAGCAGCAUUUCCUUUUUGUUUAUCCUUUCUCAAGAGUGAUUUGCAAAAUAAAAGCAACUUGCAUUUUU